AUGUUAGUUAAUUUGCGAAUUUGUAUAUGUUGUUCUGUUCUUCAUACAUUUUUUAGCAAUACUUUCUCGAUUGAAUUGCAUGGGGGUGCGCUUUCUCCAAUUCCAGAGAAUAAUUGCAUGGUUGUUAAUGCUCAGACUGGAUCCAUUUUUGAUGCUACUGGUGAUUCUUGUGUAUACUGCUGGGAUGUGGAGAAGAAUGAAAUAAAGAUGGUUUUGAAAGGACAUUCAGACUACUUGCAUUGCAUUGUUGCGAGAAAUUCUCACAAUCAGGUUAUAACUGGUUCAGAGGAUGGGACAACACGCAUAUGGGAUUGCAAAACUGGUAAAUGUAUCCAAAUAAUAGAUCCACAGAAGGACAAGAAGUCGAGGGAGUUUUUUCCAUAUGUCAGUUGCAUUACUCUUGAUGCAAGUGACAGUUGGUUGGCUUGUGGAAGUGGCCGGUCUUUAUCUGUUUGGAAUCUUCCAGCUUGUGAAUGCGUGGCUUCGCCCAUGAUCACGACCACUGCUACUAUCCAGGACGCAAUAUUUGAUGAUAAUCAAGUUUUAGCGGUUGGAUCGGAGCCCCUGCUUAGUUGCUUUGACCUGAACGGAGAUAUUAUUUCACAGAUACCAUGUGCUCCUCAGUCACUCUUUUCCAUUUCUUUACAUCCUUCAGGGGUCACAGCAGUUGCUGGUUACGGAGCAUUAGUGGAUAUUGUGUCGCAAUUUGGGAGUCAUUUGUGCACAUUCCAGUGUUGA